ACCACUAAAACACAGUCACUCUCCAUGUGUUUCUGCUUAGGACACUCUCCCCAUCUGAACUCCCAGGACCACCAGCUCAGAGUGUCUAUCUCUCCUGCCGUACAAAACCUACAGUAUGUUUUACAGGGCGCCCCUCUCCCUCCUAUUGAUUCUGGGCCUCUGCAUCCAUGGAGCGUCCGGCCAGGAGACCGACGCCCCGCCACCAGAGGCAGGACAAGCUGAUCCACAGGCUGAGGAAGAGGACUCUGAUUGGGGCCUGAACUCCCUCAGGGGCAGCUUUGAGGCAGUCAAUGGAUACUUUGAUUCGAUGCUGGAGCUACUGGGGGGGCGAGAUGGCGUGUGCCAGUACCGCUGUCGCUUUGGCAAAGCUCCUGUCCCUCGACCAGAUUACCAGAUGGCGGAGCCGAACGGGUGCAGCUCUUACUUCAUGGGGCUCCCUGUGCCCAAUGGGGUGGAUCUGGGCAUCCCUGCCAUGACUAAGUGCUGUAAUCAGCUGGACAUGUGUUACGACACCUGCGGCUCCAACAAGUACCGCUGCGACUCCAAGUUCCGCUUCUGCCUCCACAGCAUCUGCUCAGACCUCAAGAAAAGCCUCGGUUUCGUGUCAAAGGUUGAAGCCUGUGAGGCGGUGGCUGACACUCUGUUCAACACUGUGUGGACUCUGGGCUGUAGACCCUACAUGAACAGCCAGCGGCAAGCCUGCCUGUGUGAGGAAGUGAAGGACGAACUCUGAACACCGCCACCAUCCCCCCCCGCACGCGCACGCACACGCGCACGCACACACACACACACGUUGUAGAGAAUAAGAAAUGUGCACUCGAGACAAUGUGAUGCAUUAGAUCGGGGUGUUUUAAAAGACUCCUUUUUGAAUAGUUUAAUUUAUUUGUAUUUGACUUGGUUUUGCUCAGCAGAACCCCAGAUGUAUGUUACAAUACAGGAUUGUAUUUUCUGUAUUCAAUACGUGUAAUAAAAUUUGUGACACGCAUGGUA